CUCGCCUAUUGCACGCAACAUGGAAGCUCGAAGCGAUGGAGGAAGCGGGGGUGGUAUCGGAUUUGCUGGUUCCAGCAGUAGCAGUCGCUUCAUCUCACAGAUCUUUUGGCCAGAACAUUGCCUCAAUCUCGGCGGCAGGAGGGGGUACCUUAUCGGCUGGAACACCGCGGCGUUCAAGUGCCUCGUGGUGACUCUCGUGACCGUAGACGCGGAGACGGGUCUCCCUACCCUCGCCCAGGCGAUCGCUCCGAGCGAGGUGGGUCGAUGA